UCCGGUUAGAGUCCUUGUGAGUGGAGCAGUGUGUGUUCGGCGAUCGUGCAGUGCUGCCUGCCUGUCUAUCUGUAGUGGUGGCCGGGGCCGUUGGCUUGUAUUUUCCGGGCAGCUAUGUUUCUGUGUGCGAGGCUUCGGGCCGGGGUGACGCAGUCGGUCAGACGAUAUUUGCACAAUACAGCAAGAUGCACUGGAGCAGGAGGAGCUUCUUUUGUGCACAGAGAUACCCCUGAGAACAACGCAGAUACACCCUUUGACUUCACUCCAGAAAAUUACAAGAGAAUAGACGCUAUAGUUGGCAACUACCCAGAAGGUCACAAAGCUGCAGCUGUAAUUCCAGUGCUGGAUUUGGCACAACGACAAAAUGGAUGGUUGCCUAUCUCUGCUAUGAAUAAGGUAGCUGAAGUCCUGCAGAUGCCUGCUAUGCGAGUGUAUGAAGUGGCCACAUUCUAUACCAUGUUUAACAGAAAACCAGUAGGAAAGUACCAUAUUCAAAUUUGUACAACAACGCCUUGCAUGCUUAGAGAUUCUGAUUCAAUAUUGGAAGCCAUCAAGAAGAAGCUUGGAAUCCAUGUGGGAGAGACCACACCUGAUAAACUGUUCACAUUGACUGAAGUUGAGUGUCUAGGAGCCUGUGUAAAUGCACCAAUGGUUCAAAUUAAUGACCACUACUAUGAGGAUCUUUUACCGAGGGAUAUUGAAAGUAUAAUUGAUGACUUAAAAGCUGGAAAUAUACCUACUCCUGGACCCAGGAAUGGCCGUUUCUCGUGUGAACCUGCUGGAGAACUUACCUCUCUGACUGGACCUCCAAAAGGACCAGGCUUUGGUGUGCGUGCAGACCUUUAAAAUUACUGUGUAAUAUAAAAUAUAACUGCAAAGCUUAACACUUAUACACAUAAAUAAAACUGUUUUGUUUCAAUAUUCA